AACAGUUCCAAAAUCUCUACUUGGAUAUAUAAUGGACUUGGUACCACCUCAGUUUGACAAUGUUUGAAACCUACUGAAUGGUUUUUUCCAUGACAUGGGUACAUACCUUUUCUCUCAUCAAAUCUGAACUGUUGACUGUAAGGAGCAGCUGUGACAAGAUGAUAUAAGAGGGACAGACUGAAAAAACAGGUAUAGAAUGUCUGUAUAAACUUAAGUAGCUCCCAAAUGAGCAUUAUUGUCAAAAAUCGUGGUCAACUGAAAGUCAUAUGUUCUUUCCACCAAUUGACGGGUCUACAUUUUUAAACAUAUAUCUUUCCAUAUAUAGACACCGUAUGUGUUUGAAUAAAAUCAACUAUAUGCAUUUAGAUUAUCUGAUGCUUGUCUAAGCACACUAUGUGACAAAAUAAGACACAAAUGACUCAAAGGGUAGCCAGAGAUUAAGAUAUCCAGAAAAAAUAUAAUACUUAACCUGACACGACCAUCCUCCUCCUUCUGGCUUUCACAGAUUCUUCCGUUACUCUCCUGAAGUUGCUGGUAAUAGGCUACACGAGGAGUCUGCAACCUUACUCAUGUGGAAUGCCAAUUUAUCUCACCAUUUCUAUCUAUGUGUGUCAGUCUUGGUUUUCAUAUGCACAUUUGUUUCAUGUAAUUUAUAAUAACAUCUUCGCAUUUCAAAAGGAUUGUAAUGUGGGUAAUCAAAAUUCUAUCCAAAUCUAAAUGAAAAUGCAAUCCUAAAAAGUAACUUCCAUUGCCAACUAUGUGGAAAUAGCCUACAUAAAGCCGACAAAUAUUGCAGCCUGCAGGUAGAAAAUAUUUGAUGAAAAUAAAUAUCCUAGAAAUCACAUUGGCUACGCAUGGCCUAUCUGCAAUGAACCUGAAACAUUGUAUCAACUAUUAACUUGUGCUAGCAAGCAAGCUUGAAUCGUUCUAUAAAAAAUUCAGGGCUCUCAGUUUCCCACUACAGUGAGUUUAGGACAGACACAGGUAGGCCUAUUUUAUGACUUUUCCACUGGAUCAGAGCAUGUCAUUUACCACGCCGAGUGGUUAUCAAAAGGGAGAGGGCUGGAAUUUCUUUUCAAAUAUAUUGAGGAACUGUCAUUUUCAAUGGAUGCAAAAACAGACUUUGUUUGCUGUUUGAGGUGAAGAAAACAUUACUUUGAGAAGCUCCACAGCUCAAGAGUGUGCAAAGCUUUCAUCAAGGCAAAUGUUGGCUACUUUGAAGAAUUUCAAAUAUAAACUAUAUUUUGAUUUGUUUAACAUUUUGGUUACUACAUGAUUCCAUAUGUGUCAUUUCAUAGUUGUGAGGUCUUCACUAUUAUUCUAGAAAAUUGUAAAAAAUAAAGAAAAACCCCUGAAUGAGUAGGUGUCCAAACUUUUGAGUGGUACUGUAUAUGCUACUGCUCGACUGAAAAAAAAAAAAAUAAUAAUAAUCUUGGUCGACCAACAGCCUAUCCACCAAACAAUCAACUAGUCGACUAAUUGGGGUCAGCCCUAACUACCAAGAGAAUUCUCUUCAAUCAUAAUCACAGUCGUGUAUGUUCCCCCCCAAGCAGACACAUUACGGCCUUGAAAGAACUUCAUUUGACUCUAUGUAAACUGGAAACCACAUAUCAUGAGGCUGCAUUUAUUGUAGCUGGGAAUUUUAACAAGGCUAAUCUGAAAACAUGGCUCCCUAAAUUUGAUUAACAUAUCGAUUGCGCGGCCUGGGCUGGCAAAACCCUGGAUCAUUGUUAUUCUAACUUCUGCUACGCAUAUAAUGCCCUCCCCCAUCCCCCUUUCGGAAGAGCUGACCACGACUCCAUUUUGUUGCUCAUAGCCUAUAGACAGACACUAAAACAGGAAGCACCCGUGCUCAGGUCUGUUCAAUGCUGGUCCAACCAAAUCUGAUUCCACGCUUCAAGAUUGCUUCGAUCACGUGGACUGGGAUAUGUUCCGCAUAGCGUCGAACAACAACAUUGAUGAAUACGCUGAUUAGGUGAGCGAGUUUAUUAGCAAGUGCAUCAGUAAUGUUGUACCCACAGCGUCUAUUAAAACAUUCCCCAACCAGAAACCGUGGCUUGAUUGCAGCAUUCACGCAAAACUGAAAGCGCGAUCCACUGCUUUUAAUCAGGGCAAGGUGACCGGAAACAUGACCAAAUACAAACAGUGUAGCUAUUCCCCCUGCAAGGCAAUCAAACAAGCUAAGCGUCCGUAUAGAGACAAAGUAGAGUCGCAAUUCAAUGGCUCAGACACAAGAGGUAUGUGGCAGGGUCUACAGUCAAUCACGGAGUACAAAAGGAAAACCAGCCUCGUGGUGGACCACAAUGUCUUGCUCCCAGAAAAAUUAAACAACUAUUUUGCUCGCUUUGAGGACAAUACAGUGCCACUGACACGACCAGCUACCAAAACCUGCGGACUCUCCUUCACUGCAGCCGACGUGAGUAAAACAUUUAAACGUGUUAACCCUCGCAAGGCUGCAGGCUCAGACGGCAUCCCGAGCCGCGUCCUCAGAGCAUGCGCUGACCAGCUGGCCGGUGUGUUUACGGACAUAUUCAAUCAAUCCCUAUACCAGUCUGCUGUUCCCACAUGCUUCAGGAGGGCCACCAUUGUUCCUGUUCCCAAGAAAGCUAAGGUCCACAGACGACGCAAUCGCACUGCACACUGCCCUAACCCAUCUGGACAAGAGGAAUACCUAUACCUGACCAACAUCUUUGAGGCGUUCCUGCCCCAGCUGCUGGCCUACCCCAACCCCAUCGAUCCUCUCAACGGAGACGCUGCUGCCAUGUACCUGCACCGACCAGAGGACUACAAACACAAGAUCAAAGAGUAUCUCCAGAAGUAUGCGACAGAGGAGGCUCUAAAGGAGCAGGAGGAGGGAGGCGACUCCUCAUCUGAGAGUUCCAUGUCAGACUUCUCCGAGGAUGAGGCUCAGGACAUGGAGUUGUAGUGAAGGGGAGACAACCCCCACUCCCCUCACACACAGACUAUAAUUUCCUAAAGAGCAGAAAGACUAUUAUAUACAUAUAAACAUGGCCAUUUUUUUAUUACUAACCAAGGAUUUUUAUGGAUUAUAUGUAUGAGAAGCGGCGGUGUGAAAUGUGAAAAUGUCACCCUUGUCUAGAUAUUCUUUAUAACUCAGUCAUAGUCCCCCUCUACCACCACCUCCACCUUUACCUCCAACACCACAACCACAUUAUUACCCCCUCUUACCCAGAAAGGAGUGCAGCAUUCCCAGGAUCCUAAAUUCCCUCUGCUGUGGUCUGGGUCGUAUUCUCAUCGACCGUUGACCCACUAUCCGCGGGGUUGGCAGAAAGCAGAUUUUUCCUUUUUUCAGGGAUACAAUAUUUUCAACAUAACUUCCGUUUCCCCUUAAAAACGGAUGUGGGGACUCAGCUCAGGCGCCUGCUACAUUAGGUUACCUUUGACCCAACCCUGAUAGAACUGAUGGGUUGAGACCAGAGAGCAGUGCACCAUGGGAAGACAAGAGUGUCAGACUGUCAUUGUCAUGACGGAGACAGGGAUGGAAUGUUUUUCUCAGUAACCCGGCCACCCCCCACUCUAGUUUGAUUUUUAAUUCUCAGAAUUGUUCUAUAUUUGAUUAAGUGUGUGAAUCACUGUUUUGACAGGCACAGCUUUUUACCCUCCCCUUGCUCUCAGAGAAGCUCUCUGGCUCUAGUGCACGGCCCACUGUUUCUGGAGUCAAUACCACAAUAAGGAAUCGCACUUUGAGAUGCAAUUUCACUUGUUGACUUUCUACAUUUUGGGGGUUGGAAGCUACCAUCAGGACCACCACAUGAUCACUCCUUCCCAAGGAUCAGUUAGUGGGUUUCAUCCAGACAUCCAAUAUGGCUGCCAUUGACCUCUCUGUCAGGCCUCACCCCAGAGGCCAGUAUAUUCGAUCCAACCACCACACCCUGUUUGUCAUAGAAAUGGUUCUCUAAACAAGCCUUUUACCCUGUAGUCAGGAGCACCAGCGCACCAACCAAGAGACACCUUACCACACCUCUUCACACCAGAGUUGAAAGGGGUGUUGAAGGUGGACUGAACAUCGUUUAUUUUCUCUUUCUUUUUUCUCCUCUCUGCUCAGUGACUCCUUCAGAGGUUUGCUACUUGUUGUUUUCACAAAGGGAGGGUAGGAGUUCUCUGAUGUGUCUGUGUGAGAGAGAACCAAUCUUAUGUUUUCAGACCCAACUGACCCCAAUGGAAGCGAACCAGACUACUAGAGCCAUAGUAGUUUGUCAUCCUCGGUGACAACCCUAACAAACAACACACUGUUGUCGCUCUGGAGGAGAGAACCACAGAGACUAACUACUGUCAUUCCAGGAGCUGUCUGUCACUAAACAAACUCACAUAAUCAUGCACCAGUCACUCCUUUAGCCAUCCUCUUCCUCCUAGUUAUCCUCUUCAUCCGCUUUCUCCUCCUCUUCCUCCUCUUCCUCCUCUCCGUUUUAGGAAAGUGUUUGUGAUUCUCCAAGCAUCCUUUGGUACCUUGUGACAUGAUACAGAAGUGAAGUUGUGUAGGACAUUGAGUUUAUAUGCUGUAGAAAAAGAGAAAAGACACCUCUUGUGUGAUGGAUGGGUUUCUAUCUCGAUGUCAGCAGUGUCCAGUCAUAUCCACACUGAGGGCCAGUAUAUGGCCAGGUUUCAUUCUUUCCAAGCACUAUUUGGAUUUCUGCCUUCAUAGAAGACUAUUAUUAGUUGAAUCAGGUGUGUUAGUGCUUGGUUGAAACAGAAGCCUGGAGCCAUACGACUGGCCCUCUGUAGAUAAGACUGGACAGUCCUGAUCUAGGGGUUGGGUUGGAUUUAGUAGUUGUGUCGGGCAGGGCAGGGCUGGGAGGUUGGAAGGCUACCUUGGGACGUGUUGGAUGGAAUAGGGAGUGACAUGGGGUGGGAUGGGCAAGGAACAAACCAGGUCCUUGUUGCCUGUUGCUUAUGUUAAACUAUAAUAUGUGUAGUUUAGGGCUUGUUAGUGUGCUGGGUGGUGAGUCAUAAUUAUAAUCUAUAGUUUUAUUUCUUCUAUCAUCCUGUAAAGGUGAACAGAUAAAUAAAUUUUGUUUUAAUUUGAGUUUACUUAUUUUUUUCUCCUGGUUUGAAUCUGAUCCUCCAAAGACAUGUUGCAUCCCUGUCUCCUCUCCCUUAUGAAAAUACCCCCCUCUGUCUUUAUUCUCAGUUCAGUGUGCAGGUGGGCUCAUCUAGCCUGGGUGUCUGGCUGUCUGCUGUAGCCAACUCCUUUGUCGUUGUUCUUAUGUAAAUUUGGUCUAAAGCAGAAAUGCAGAAAUCACUGUCUGAUAUCCAGGCUAGAUGAGUGCACCUACAUACUCAGACUGGCUAGCAGACAGUGUUUUUGGUUUUCAGCCUGUGUGAUCACUAACUCAGGAGCAGCACAUUGGGAGUGCUCCACGAUUUUUCUCCCUUACUAUUGUCAUCAUUAAAAGGCUACUCAUCAACCUACACAGGGUGUCCCAUUCCUGCCACAGUAAACUAUAUGUGCCCAAACCUAUCCCAAUGUGCCCAAUUCGAUAUCCUAUCCUCAUCUGUGUGCUUAGUUAUAUAAUAUCCUAUAGGUCACAUUCUGAUUGUUUCAGAUAGAAAUUGGUCAUGGUUGUCUGUUCCACACGAGAGGAUCUUGUCCAUUCUGUACAUGACAGAUCUAUUUAUGAUUUUCUUAACAUUGUGCAUCAAUUCAAUAUGCUACUAGUGAUGUAAGUGAAAGGUCUAGGUCCUAGACUGAAGGAGCUGGUUGCAUAUUACUGGUUUAAUGACGGGGACUCUUUGCACUAAGCAGAUGUCAGAAUGCUUCAAAGCACUGUCAUAACAUGUGAUAAGACUGACAAGCCUGUUACAGAAGUGUACUGGCCUCUUGUCUUGGGUCAGAUGAGAAGAGAUGGUUUUCUUAAAGAAAUACAAUCUCUUUCAUUGGGGACAUUCUAGUCAUAAACAUUAGAAUUGAAUCACAAUUGAGUUAAUCUCUUUGUUUUUUUUUUCACAAAAUGCAACAACUGUAAAAUGUAUAAUGUUGACAAUUAAUAUUUAACGUAUUAGGGUUCAGGCUUGAAGUUCCAGAAAACAUACCGAACCCCCACCUCAUCCCUACAUUCUGAUGCUAUUGUUGCUACUUGUCUGUAAUUUGUAUUUUGCCUCCAUUAAACUAAGAACAGGAGAGUCAAAGAGACAGGAGAAUUACAUUUAUUUGAAAUAAUAUUGCAUUGAAAAACAUGCACGGUCUGUACUGACAGGGGGAACUGCCUUAGUGUUGAGAUGGUUGGAGUUAGAAUUUUCAUACAUUAUGAUUGUAGGUUUAGCAUUAUAACUCUGUCUCAAUAACAUGGGCACCAGACAUAUGGUGUAUUGUAAUGGUUGCCAUAGCGUGUAACUUCACUACAUUACCAAAAGUAUGUGGACACCUGCUAGACUGUUAACCGGAAGGUUGCAAGUUCAAGCCCCCGAGCUGACAAGGUACAAAUCUGUCGUUCUUCCCCUGAACAGGCAGUUAACCCACUGUUCCUAGGCCAUCAUUGAAAAUAAGAAUUUGUUCUUAACUGACUUGCCUAGUUGAAUAAAGGUUUAAAAAAAUGCAAAAA